AUGCGGCCCGCAGGUGCUGACAUGAGCCAGAUUUCUGCUGGAUCUGAGUCAAGCGCGAAGCUGAAAUCGGACCAGGUGAGUGUCGACGUUGUCAACGGCGAGAUGACGAAGUGGACAUGUGAUCACCCGUUGCCGCCGGCAUGUGCUGACAGAGCAGAGAAUACCGCGGACGGACACGCCGUCGACAGACAGCUACGUCGAGAAGACGGAUCAUGUCGACCCGAACCAUGUCGAGAUGCAGAGGAAUCUGAAGGUAUGCCCGCCCCUCUAAAUACGCAAAUGUUGGUCAUUGGCGGUGUCAUUGGAACAGGACUCUUCCUCGGAACAGCGGGCAACCUGCACAAUGGCGGUCCUGCGGGUCUGCUCAUCAGCUACUGCAUCAUGGCCAGUCUGCUGUACUCGGUCAUGGUCGGUCUGGGAGAAAUGAUCGCCGCGUUCCCCAUCGCCGGAGGACAUGUCUCCCUCAUUGGACGGUACUCGAGCCCGGAGCUCAGCUUCGCCGUCGGCUGGCUGUACUGGUACUGCUACAUUGUUCUCCUGCCAGCCGAGAUGUCGGCCGGCGCCGUGCUUAUCACGUACUGGACGAAACCGUCUGAGACGUGCACGUCGGGCGUGUGCAACAACGCUAUGUGGGUGGGGUUGAUGUUGAUUGUUGUCCUCCUCGUCAAUUUCCUCGGCACAAAGGCAUGGGGCGAGUGCGAGUUUUGGGCCGCCUCCAUCAAGGUCAUCACCAUUGUCGGCCUCAUCAUCGUCGGUAUCGUGAUCACGGCUGGCGGUGGCCCAGACCAUACCAGCAUCGGUUUCCGGUUCUGGCACGAGACGGGCGGUUUCGUGCAGUACAAGGGCAUUCCGGGAGCGUGGGGCCGGUUCCUCGGCUUCUUCUCUGUGCUUAUCACGGCCGCGUUUGCGUUCAUCGGUACCGAAAUGUCCGCCCUCGCGGCGGCCGAGACGAGCAACCCCGCUAAGAGCGUCCCGCGCGCCAUCAAAACGGUCUGGAUCCGCCUCGCGCUGUUCUACAUCAUCGGUGCACUCGUCAUCGGAAUGCUCGUCUCGCCGGACGACCCGCAGCUCGACCUGGCGAGCACGGCUGCCGGAUCACCAUUCGUCAUCGCGAUUCAGCGCGCGGGUAUCCGUGCCCUACCCUCGAUCGUGAACGCCGCCCUCCUGACUAGUGCGUGGAGCGCGGCGAUCUGCGACCUCUACGUCUCCAGUCGCACGCUGUAUGGACUCUACGUGCGCGGCGUCACGCCCCGCUUCCUCGACAAGUAUCUCGGCAAGACGCGCAAGUCUGACGGUCUGCCGUGGGUCUGCGUCUGCAUUUGCGCCGUGUUCACACCGCUGUCCUUCUUUGCUGCCUCGAACGACUCGUCGGCUGGCACCGCGUUCGGAUACUUUGCAAACAUGUGCGCCGUGUGCGGCAUGCUGACCUGGACCGUCAUCCUGUACACGUGCAUCAGGUUUAACAAAGGACUCAAGAGGCAGGGCAUCGACCGCGCCACGCUGCCGUAUCGCGCUCCCCUGCAGCCGUACCUGAGCUGGUAUGGGCUCGUCGUGUCCAUCGUCGUCAUUGUGUUCUCGGGCUUCUCGAAUUUCAUUCACAGCUUCAACACCUCUGGCUUCAUCACGACGUACUUUGGCAUACCCUUCUUCCUUGUUUUGUUGCUGGGGUACAAGAUCUGGCACAGGUCGAAGCAGAUCCAGUUCAAGGACAUGGACUUCAAGACUGGCUUCUCUCUGGACAUCCCAGAGGAUCCGAAGGACGAGGAGAAGGGGGUUUGGGGUUGGAUCAAGACGAACAUCUAG